GGGAGGCAUCGACAACAAUAGUCAUUCGAGUUGGGCCCGCGCGCGAUCUCGCCCGCAUUCUCAGUACUUACACGUUAUCAAAUAAAAUUUCUUCUAUAAACAUUUGAAAACAAAUUCAACUUUUAUCUGAAAAUAUUUUUUAAUUUGUCGUUUAGUAACAAAUAAAAAGUCUUCUUCAGUCUUUUACAUUCACUUUGAAGUGUAUUUUUAACUUUUGUUCAAGUGUUUUCAGCGUAACUGUGCAGAAUUUUCAACAUUAAUUUAAACAAACUUGUAUCGUCAACAUCCAGAAUACAUCGAUGCACUUAUGCAAUCUGAAGUGGUCACAUUAUAAUGACUGCUGUAGUGGCGAUGAGCACCACGACGUCACCAAAGACUUCGCUUGCCAAGCUUGUUCUCUAUCCUAAGCCGAAACCGUUCAAGAUCAUGGUUUUAGGCCAGUCCGGAGUUGGCAAAUCUGCUCUCGUAGUAAGAUUCAUUACACGAAGAUUCAUCGGCGAAUACGACCCCAAUUUAGAGAAGAUCUACGCAUUCCAAACCGUCAUUGAUAACGAGAUGGUUUAUUUUGAAAUAUUAGACUCUGCUGGAGAUUCACAUGAAAGUGAAUACGCGAACCUGGAGAGCAACAUACGAUGGGCGGAGGCGUUCAUUCUAAUGUAUUCGGUCACGGACAAGUGUUCCUUCGACGAGUGCCACCGGCUCAAAUUCCUCAUCAACUACAACAAGAGGAGACGCAGACUCGCUUCCUCUAUGAGGGACAGUGCAAUAGAGACGCCAGUUGUUAUGGUGGGCAACAAGAUAGACCAAAUUGGUGACCGCAUGGUGACCACUGAAGAAGGCCAGCGACGCAGCAAGGAGAUCGGCUGCGUCUGCUUCCACGAGAUCUCAGUCAGAGAAAGUAUUGAUCAGGUAUGGGGCGUGUUCCGUGAUGCUCGACGUUUCUGGCGCGUCAGCAGCAAAUGGUCCCGGCGUGACGGCGACCGACACCCGGCGGCACUGGGGCGGCCCUUGGCACGAGCAUCGUCCGACACCACGCCCGACACCAAUGCGGCACCACCUUUCUGUCGGCGAUGGACAGAGAUGGAGCUGGAUGAAGAAGACGAGGUGUGCGUGGGGCGCAGCGACUCCACCUCGUCAUCAGGUCGGUCGGAGUGCGGGGACGAGUUCCGAGCCCGCGCCAGCACGGACUCGCGCCUGCCGCCGCGGCCCGCGCGGCCCCGACACCCGCUCCCAACCCGGCCCUUCCCGACCCCCGUCAGGAGAAUGAGCGUCGCUAUGAGAGGAAACAACGCCAGCACAUAUUGAACCAUUCAUACAUUGUAACACGGCCAAACUUUAACAUGAGUUACGAACUACCAAGUACGCGAGUGGUAUUUGUGUAAACUUAAACUUGUCUGAUGCCGAAAUACAUCAAGGUUUUGGAAGAUAAACUGACCUACUUAGAUACAAUGUGCAAGUUUCAUAUUAAGCUUCACCAUAUUUGAGCUGCUUUAUGAAGUCUGGUUUAAGUAGGUUAAAUGUAUGUACACAGAAACUUUGUUUAGCAUAAUGCAUACGGAAAAAGGGUAAACUUCGUUAAUUUUUAAUUUCUUCACAACUUUUUUGAAAUUCUAAUAGGAUUACAAUAACGGGCUGUGAAAUAACCGAGAAAUUACUGAUCAAUUACCAAACCCUUUUGUUCUCCGUUUCAAUCUCGAUUCCCGUUUUCGUCGAUCUACGAGACUUUCCAUCCCAUCCCAUUAAAUAUGUUCUUCGCCAACAAAAUGCCCCAACAAUACUUUACAUAAUUACAACAAACAAGUAUGUGGAGUGGAUCCCGUAUUAAUAAAGUUAUAAAGUUUAGAUGUUAUACAACGGAUACGAGAGAUAUUUCAUAAGCGUAGGCAUUUUUUUUUUCAGGACCUUUUAAUGAAAAAGUUUCAAUGCGACAUUCCCGCCAUUUUUUUUCCUUUCAGUGGCAAAGUGUCAAACGGUGUGCGUUUUACGCAGGAAAUUAAAUACGAGUCAAAAACAAAGAUAUUAAGUAGAACUGCUUUAUUAUAAACUUUUCACUUUACCUUGUUAAAUUACUUACUUCCUGUUUUGUUUUCGUGAGAGAGUAAAACUUUUACCCUCUUAUUAUAAAACGCGGUAUCAAAUAAGUAUCGGCUUUUGUACUACCUUUAAUCCACCUUUAAGUACGACCUUGAAAAAACGUUAUUACAAAACGCAGUUUAUCGCAAGUCCUAUUACUAUCUGUAGUACAAAAGAUAAACCAUCGAGCCCCCUAGUUUAACUGCAGUACUUAGUCGACAAACGUCAAAUUCCGACAUUAUUUACUUUUGAGGUUAUUUGUUUUGUGAUGAAAAAAACGAAAGUGGAUAAAAUAUGUGUGAUUUGGAAUACUUGGAUGUGUUAGAAUACUAUUGAGAGUGUCCGGGGACCCAACAGAAUGCGUCAUCGACAAAAUCUCUUCAAAUUACCUGACGACAAUUUUCGAUAUAAAUAUCGAUUUACGUUUUUCGAAAUAAUAGUCAAUUGAAUGCAUGAUGAUAAUCCAGGAUGAUCCUAUGAUGCUCAACUGGGCUCGCCAUAAAAUUCAAGACUAUUUUGGCGUUUUGCACGCCGUAUCUCUGCCAGUAAUAUGCAAUGUUUGUAAAAGACUGGAAGCUUGCUAAAAUGUACAAAAAUGCCUAGAUGAGAAAGGGAACAAGAUUGUGUGAUGAAGAACAGUGUCCAACAUGUAGCAGUGCAUUUGACUGUAUAAAUAGACACCGGAAUAAAAUAUAAUUUUCUACUUUUA